AUGUAAUUAUUUUCUUUAAUACGUAUUCAAAUAUUUUUACAAAUAAGAAUUGUCUAGCAGGAGUUUCUUUAUUAUUGGUAUCACUGUCUCUAAUCUGUGUACUACUUCAAUCCAUUUCAUCAUCAUUAGGUUAAGAAUUAGUAAAUACAAACAUGCAACGAAACGAUUUCAUAACAAAAAUAAUCUUAUUAUACAUCGUGAUAAUAUGCAAAUAUGUAACAGUGGUAGCUAUACAAGACGAUCAAUAUCAAAGUUAUCCUGCUCAAGGCUUAUAUAAUAACAGUGAUAAUGUAGUUGUAUUAAAUGCUACUAAUUUUAAAACAAGUGUUUAUGGAGAUUCAAAAGGAUGGUUAGUUGAAUUUUAUAAUAGCUGGUGCGGAUUUUGUUAUCGUUUUGCACCUACAUGGAAGGCUUUUGCAAGCGACGUUUAUUCCUGGAGAGAUAUUGUUGUUAUUGCAGCUAUAGAUUGUGCCGUAGAUGACAACAAUCCAAUUUGUCGUGAAUAUGAAAUUAUGCAUUAUCCAACGCUUAAAUAUUUUCCUGUUAAUUCCCAUUCUUCUUUCAUGGGUAUAGUAGUUGAAAAAGGUGAUAAUGUUGAUGACGUUAGACACAACUUAAUUAAAAGAUUGGAAAAGGAACAAGAAGAAGGACGUGGUAUAACAUGGCCUAAUAUUACACCUUACAGGAAUGCAGAGAUAAAAGACAUAUGGAAAGUUGUACCUAAAACUGUAAAAUAUUUUUUUUUAUUAUUUGAGAAAACAGACUCUCAUAUGGGAACUGAAGUCAUAUUAGAUAUGCAUAAAAUUUCAAGUCUACAAAUACGUAGAGUUAUAUCCGACAAUGAAUUAUUAUGUGUAACAAGUAAAAUCACAAAAUUUCCAAGUCUAAUUGUAAUGGGCCAAAAAGAAUCGCAAAAGCUUUUAAAUAUUAGAAUACCAACGAGAGAAGGUAUUAUACAGACAAUUAAAAAUUAUAUGAAUUCAAAGGGUAUAAAUAUAGAUGAACAAAUUAUUGGGAAUUACAAUGGAGAAUUGCUAACUCAAAAAUCAAAUACAAUAAAUGAUACUAAAUCAAACUCUCUUCAAAAACAGCAAUAUAACUCUGGUACAUUUGAAGAUCAUUUAUAUCAAUUAGAUUUGGAAAAUGCACUUAGAUAUUCCAUUUAUCAUGAAGUACCAAUGACUAAAAUUAUAGAAGGAGAAAAGAUGGAGGCAUUGAAAUUAUAUUUAAAUGCAAUAGCCAAAUAUUUUCCAAUGAGAUACAGUAGUAUCUUUCUUGACGUAAUUCGUGAUGUAAUCAAUAAAAAAGAAAAGAUAUCUGGAGAAGAAUUCAUUCGUUUAGUAAGAUCAACAGAGGAGGAAAUGUCACCAGUAUACUCAGGCCCACAGCAAUGGAUUGGAUGUAAAGGAAGUAAAGAAACAUAUAGAGGAUAUCCUUGUGGAUUAUGGACAAUGUUUCACAUGUUAACUGUUAAUUUUGGAAUGGAAAAUAAAGAUAAAACACAUUAUAAUCCCAUUGAAGUAUUACGAGCUAUGUAUGGAUAUAUAAAAAAUUUCUUUGGUUGUGCCGAUUGUUCAAGACAUUUUGUAGAAAUGGCAUCGAGAAACAAAAUAUUUGAGGUACAGAAUGGAGAUGAUAAUAUAUUAUGGUUGUGGAAAGCUCAUAAUGAGGUUAAUGCAAGAUUAGCAGGAGAUGAAACAGAAGAUCCUGAACAUAAAAAAAUACAAUAUCCAUCGCAAGACCAUUGUUCGGAGUGUAGAUAUUUAAAUCAAACUUGGAAUGAAGCUCAAGUUUUAUAUUAUCUUAAAAGAAAGUAUAGUUAUGCAGGAAUAAAUUAUUACGGAUCUAGUGAAAAACAAAGUAAUGUAAAAAAUGAUGGAUCAAAAAUGAGACAAGAAAGACUUGCUUCUACCAAAUAUAUAAGUCUUAAAAAAUUGGGUUGGGAUUUUACUGUAUUUGAUAUAAGCAUUUGUGUCGUAUUAUAUGUUACAUCUGCUACAAUACUCACACUUGUUUGCAUUAAAUUUGCUGUAAAAAGAACUUACAGAAAGAAAGCAUAUCUAAACUUACUUGGUAAAGUAUAAAUUCUUGUUAAGAACAAAAUUCACUGAUGUAUAUUAUAGCCAAUACAUUUUUUAAGAUAUUGUAUAUAUACACAAACACAUCUAUGUAUUCGACUGUAUAUAUUAUUAAUAUUAUUUAAUAAUCUAGUUCUUCUAUAUAUAUAUAUUUCCAUUUUUAUAUGUUAUCAACAAUUGAACAAAUUUAGUUCUUGUUAUUAUCACAAAAAUUCUUUAAAAAAAAAGUUGUACAGAUCGUACGUAUGUAUCUGUGUUAUAUUUCAUUUAAACUUAGAUAUAUUCGUGGAUAUGUUAUAAAAUUAUUUUUUUAAAGGUUUAAAAUUAAACACGUCAUAAAGCUUCCAAUUGUACAUUAUUAAUGCUAAGUUAAAUUUUUUUGACCAAGAAAGUUGUAUGAAAAUUGUAUGUGGUUUUUUUUUUUUUUUUUUUUUUUUUUUUUUUUUUUUUUUUUUUUUUUUUUUUUUUUUUUUUUUUUUUUUAAUUCAACACAAAAAUUUCAUAAUUAUGACAAUCUCAAUGAAAGUGAGUGUUUGUCAAAUGAUUAUUAAUUGUAAAUAUCUACUAUUUUGAACUUGAAUUUAAAUUUUGCAAAAUUACAUAAAUAUAAAUAUAUCUAAAAUAUAUCUAUAAUAUGAAUAAAACUUUAUACAUGGAUAUAUAAAUAUAUAUUCCAAAAGAUCUUCUGUACAAUCAGUUUAAUUAAGUAAAUAAUAACAAUUAAAUUUGAUUAGCAGCUACAAGGAUCAAAUUGUAUUCAAGUUGAUCUUAUUUGAUUAAACAUAAUAAUAGAUCCAAAUGAUUACACUGUAUAAAUUUUAUAUAUGUAUAUAUUUAUACAGCACAAUGUCAUAAUUUUCAAUUACUAAUAUAUAAUAUUUAUAGAAGAUAAUAAACAUUAUUCAUUAUUUAUACAAUUUACAAUUUUAAAAGUUCCAUAUUGACAUAAUUUAUUUGUUCUUUAAAAGAAUAUACUUUAACUAGAAAUGUCUGACAUUGCCAUUUAAUAAAUUUUUAUUUAUAACGAUGUGCAAAAUAGGAAAUACAUUUUCUUAUUUUAAAAUAUAUAUUUAAGUUUUUCAUCAUAUAUAUAAAUAUAUUAUGUAGCACAAUGUAUGUGUAUGCACAAGUAUGUAUAUGAAACAAAUUUUUGGUAUGACUGUAUGAUAAUGAUGUUACAAAAUAUUUAUAAAAUACAGUUGAGCUUUUAUAACUUGCAAUUUCAUAAUUAAUAAGAAAAAUUCCAAUUAAAAAGAACUUUUCAGUGACAAAAAAAAAAAAAAAGAAAA